UUCGUGUUUUCGGUUUGUUUUGCUGCACGUUCUUACACAGCACGAGCGACACGUGCGCACGUAAACAGCACGUUUAGAUCCGGGUUCACUGCUCUGCACGCGGAGAUACAACUCUGUAAUAAAGCAUCCUGUCGUGUUGUCUUAGAAAGAGACAAGGUGGACAACAUGUGGACUCAUCCUGAGUCUCCUGUGGGACAGAAGACAGAGGAUGAGUCCUCUAAUGAUGAAGCUGCUGCUGAUGCUGAAGCAGAGAGUGAUUCAGGAGACAGCCUCUUCAUAACUCAGACGGCAGUACCCGAAGCUGUGAGAGCAGGAAGACGACAUCGCCGCAGACAGCCAGACUCCACGUCUUCCUCAUCUGAGAGUGACGCCACAUUGUCCUCUUCCCAUCGAAAAUCGAAAAAGUUCACAAUGGACAAAGAGACGAGAAUCAAAUACAAGAAGAAGCCUCUGUCCAAAUCCAGACUGCCAACAUACAGUUUCCCUUUCCUCGAAGGGAGUCUGCAGAUGUCCAGAAGCAGCAUGUUACCUGUCCAGCAGAACACAAGGCUUCAUAACUCGUUGAUGGGAGGCUUCUUUGAAUGUGUCAGGGAGCAGUGGCAGGGCUUUCUGCUCACAUCUUUUGCGACGUCAUCUUUACCAACAGUUGACAAGGAGGGGCAGUACAUACAUCCACUGACAGAAGAUGAAGAAGAAAGAUCAGAAGACGAGGACUUCAAAGUGGUGCCAAAGAAAUGUUUUGUGGCAUCAACAAAAGCAAAGCGCAAACAAACCUGGUGCAACCAGGUGAAAGAACAAUCGGGGAGGAGGAGGAAAGCUGUUAAAGCCAGACAAAAAACCUCACAAAAAGGACAACGGAAGGUGUUACCAGCUAAGGCAUCCACAUCGUGGGCUGCGUCGCUGUCUUCGGAUACAGAGAGCGACGACGAUGAAGACUUUUCUUGUGGAGUUCUGGAUGAGACGGAGAGGAUUGAUGAGCAUGUAACAAAUGACAAAAACUGUCUCAACCAAACGGCAACACCAAGAACAAAUAGGUACCUCGCCCGAACAGCCAGGAAGGAGCUGUGUAUCGACAGUGAUUCUACAGGUCGGGAGCUACAGAGAAGUCCAACUGCAUCAGAUUCUCAAACUGAUGUUUCCCACACAGACGAUCUAUCACAGACAGAGGACGAACCUGAAAGCACUGAUAAUGACAAUGUGUGCGAUGAAUCUACGGUAAAGGAGAGGGAAAAAGACAGUGAAUCUGUGAAUGAGGAGGUAGAAGAGACUUUCAGCCUGGCUCAGGACAACUGGGCAGAGCCUUCGGCAUUGCAGGCAACCGAUGAGGUGGAAUUUAAUGAAAGAAACUAUGCGGAGAACCUGUCACUUGAUGACGCCAUACUGAUACAGGAGGAGGGAGACACAAGAGAAAGCAUUGAAUCUGAUGUGAGGAUGGAGGACGAUGGCAAGAAGAGGAAAAGGAGCAGAGAGGGCGAUGAAGAUGUCGAGCAGUUAGAGUCUAGCGCAGAUACCGAACCUCGGAAUCUACAUGGCAAUGCUGAGAUCCAGAAGAAAAGGAAAAAGGAGAUUGUACUUCCAGAGGGAUGUGAAGAAGAGGAAGCUUCAAAUAGGAUUUUAGAUAUGACACCAGCGUCAACAGGACAGUCAGAGAAAUCAGGAGAUAAUCCAGCAGCUUCUGAAGAGACAUUAGAAUCCAGUUACAGCAGAAGAACAAAGCACCAAAAGAAGCAACAGUCGUCUUCUAAUGGUGCUACUCAUGACGGAGACGACGGUGAAGAUGUGAACUUUUCUAAUGGCGCUGUAACCUCAGCUGAAAGUACAGAGGAGUCACUGACAAAGAAAAAGAAGAAGAAAACUGUUUCUGAUGCACAAGAUAUCUCUGACACUUCUGUAGCAAAUGAAAUGUUUGAAAACUUAGAUAAUACCCAGGAAACAACAGAGGGCCCUGAAGAUGAAAAUGCUGAACUGAUGAUGAUGAAGAAGAAAACUGUCUCAGAUGUGGUAGAUGCUUCUUAUACUUCUGAAGAAAAUAAAAAGCUUAAACACGUAGAUGACACCCAAAAGGCAAUGGAGGGCCUUGAUGACCAAAACGCUGAACUGGAGACACCAAGAAAGAGGAGGAAGAAGAAGAAGAAGUCAACUGUCUCUGAGGGGAAAGAUAUUUCUCACACUCUUGAAGAAAAUGAAAACAUCGGCGAUGUAGGUAAUAUCCAGAAAGCAACAGGGAGCCGUAAAGACCAAAAUCCUGAACCGGAGACACCAAAAGAGAAGAAGAAGAAAAAGAAAACUGUCUCUGAUGAAGUAGAUAGUUGUUAUACUUCUGAAGAAAAUAAAAAGCUUAAACACGUAGAUGACACCCAAACAGCAAUAGAGGACUUCAAAGACCAAAACACUGAACUGGAGACACCAAGAAAGAGGAAGAAGAAGAAGAAGUCAACUGUCUCUGACGGGGAAGAUUUUUCUCACACUCUUGAAGAAAAUGAAAUCAAUGACGAUGUAGGUAAUAUCCAGAAAGCAACAGAGAGCCCUAAAGACCAAAAUGCUGAACUGGAGACACACAAAAAGAAGAAGAAGAAGACAAAAACUGUUGCUGAUGAGGUCGAUAAUUCUUCUACUUAUGAAGAAAUUGAAAAAGUAGACGACACCCAGAAAACAAGCGAGGCCCCUGAGGAUGAAAAUGCUGAACUACAGACCCCAAAAAAGAAGAAAAAGAAGAAGAAGAAAACUGUCUCAGAUGAGAUAGAUAUUUCUUACACUCUUGAAGAAAAUGAAAACAUCAGAGAUGUAGAUAAUACCCAGAAAACAACAAAGAGCGUUGAAGAUGAAAAUGCUGAUCUGGUGACAAUGAAAAAGAAGAAGAAAAAGAAAAUUGUCUCUGAUGAGGUCGAACCUUCUUAUACUUCUGAAGAAAAUGAAAAGCUUAAAGAUGUUGAUAAUAUCCAGAAAAUGGUGGAGGGCCUUGAAGAACAAAAUGCCGAACUGGAGACAGCAAAGAAGAAGAAGAAGAAGAAAACGGUCUCUAGUGAGGUAGAAAUUUGUCACACUUCUCAAGAAAAUGAAAUGGUUGAAAACGUAGAUGCAACCCACAAAACAACAGAAGGCCUUGAAGACCAAAGUAAUGAACUGGUGACACUGAAAAAGAAGAAAAGGAAGAAGAAAGCACUCUCUGAUGAGGUACAAGAUAUAGACAAUACUCAGAAAACAACAAAGGGUCUGGAUGACCAAAAUGCUGAACUGGUGGCAAUGAAAAAGAAGAAGAAGAAAACGGUCUCUAACGGGGAAGAUAUUUCUUACACUCUUGAAGAAAAUGAAAAGGUUGAUGAUACCCAGAAAGGAACAGACGGUCCUGAAGACCAAAAUGCUGAACUGGUUACAACAGAAAAGAAGAAGAAGAAGAAGAAAAUUGGUGAAAUAACUAGCAGGAAUAUCUCAGAAGACAGUGCGGCACAAAGCGAUGAUUCAGUGUCUGUCCAGAAAAAGGAAAAGAAGAGGACCUCAUCCUUCCUCGUUGCUGAUGCAGAGGAAAAUGUUCAGACGUACAGGGGGCAGAAAUCACCUGCACAGUCUGUGGACGCUCAUGUCUGGUCCGCACAAAAACCUGGUGUCAGCGCUGGUGAGACAGAAUCAGCAGAAAUCACAGGAUGUUUGGAGGAAACCAACGAUGGGGUCAGGAAAAAGAAGAGGAAGAGGAAGACGUCGGUGGAGCAGGACAGUGUGGAAAAAGAUCACAAGCAGGAUUUUGAGGAACCAAACAAAGCAUGUCUGCAUGAAACCACCAAUACAGGCGUGAAAAGGAAAAAGAAACUUACGGGAAAUGAAAGUGAGACGGUGACACCUAUGGAGAGAUUGGAAAAUGCAGCUGAUGAGGAACAUCGUCCAACUGAUGAGGCUGCGAUGUUGAAAAGGAAGAAGAAGAAGAAGUGUAAAGACAAGCCGUGCCAUAUGAUAGAAGACAAUCCUCCAGCUGCAAAUGAAGAUGUUGAAUCAGAAAAAUCACCACUGAAUAGCUGCAGCUCAGCUUUGCACAAGGCAAAAGGCAAAGAUUUGACGUCUCCGUUGGUUGCAAAGGAAAAACUGAACAUGGUUGCAUAUACUUCGUCAGAGCAGCCUGAAAAUAAAUUGACAGACAAGAAAAAAAGGAAAUCACUGAAAGGAGAUGUUCUGAAAUGGUCGAUCAGGUCUCCGCAGUUCAAUCCUCAAGGACAAAGAAAUGUCAAAUUCAUAAAUGUGGUCAGAUCGUAUCAUGGGAAACACAUGAAGGUCAAGCAGGACUUCGUUACAGACUAAGUGAUGGAGAAGUUCUCAGUAAUCCUGAACCUGAACACACAGAAGUGAAAAUGUGACUUUUUAUUUUUUUUAAUGUAUUUUGUUUUGCAUCAAAGCAUUUUACUGACACAGUUCUCAACCAUUUUGGUGUUGAAAAUAUAUGAAUACAUGAUAAAAACCUUGUUUUUUUAGAUAAAAGCCUCUGAAUAUUUGAUGUUCAGAGGAAAAAUGUUAUUAUUAAAUAAUUAUAAUCAAUUUAUUUGUGUUUGUAACACUCUUUUUUAAUGUUUUUAAUUUAUCCACAUUGUCAAGUAACCUGCCUGAUAUAAAUCUGAACACUUAGCCUGCCACCUAAUGGACACUUGUGAGAAAAGUUAAGAGCAUUCUUCAGUCAGUUUGACAGGAGAAGAAAUUUAUACAUGUGCUUAACCUUCAUGAUCAAGUUAAAUUCUCCAAGCCUGCCAAAACUCUAAACUUGUGCUUCUCCUGUUAACAGGAUUUUAAAUGAUCAUAACCUGUGCACUUUUACUGCAAGUGAUCUGAGUCUAUGAUCAUCAGUGUUUGUUAAAGCUGUAUCAAAGCCACCUUAGGGCAAGAACCAUUCAUGGGGUUAAUGGGUAAUACUGUGCCAACGCUUUAUGUUAAACAUUUUCUAGAAAAGGGUUAGGGUAGGUAUGUAUGUUCUGUUUUGUUAGGCAGAUAUGCUAAAUAUUGUCAGUGUUUUA